CGAAUCAACAACUAUUGAAACAACAAGAAAAAGAGAGAGAGAGAGAGAGAGAGAGAGCGCGAGAGAGAGAGAGUGAAACUGAGAUUGACACCAAGACUAUGCUCCCAUCCGGCUAAUCACAGUGGGCACAAAACAAAAUUGACGCUAAAAGAACAGUCAAAGCACAGAGAACGUAAACUUGGCUUGCAGCCAAACAACAGAAACAACAAAAUCAAAGGCAAACAAUAAAAAAAACGUAGAAGAAGAGGAAGAAGCCCAAACUGUGAUCUCCAAAGGGACAACACACACGCACGCACACACGGCAUACAAAAUGAUGAUGAUGGACACACUGGACGCCCAGCCGAUGGACGUGGCGCCCGCUGUGGCCGUUGCGGCGACCACAGUUAGCAGCACGCUGGACUUUACGGCCACCAUGGUGAGCAUGGCCGCUACGGCGGAGAGCAACAACAACAACAACAACAACAGCAACAACAAUCACAAUCACAAUCACAUGGAAAUGGCCGAGUACAAGGAGCAUCGCAAGAACAAGAAGAAGAAGCGCGAGAAACGCGAAAAGGACAAGGAGCAUCGGCACAAGCAUCGCGAACAUCGCGAGCAUCGCCGCCAUCGGGAACGCGACCGAGAUCGAGACUCAGCCCAUCUGCAGCAGCAACAGCCGCCGCAUCCACAUCACAACAAUAGCCAGCACUCGACAUCCGCCUCGUCAUCGCCCUCGUCCGCCUCGACAACGCCGUCGGCCACCAUCGAGUACGUUGGCGGCUCCGCCUCGGCCUCGCCCUCCUAUUUGGGCGUCGGCGGCGGCACUGCUGCAGCUGUCACUGCGGUCGGUGGAGGAGGUCCCGCAGCUACCACAUACCCGCACAAUUUAAAAAUACGUUUCCUGCUCUCCGGGCAACGCACGGAGUUGAGUCCACCCACGCAUCAAACAUCCGCCACAGCUGAGGUGAAUGCAACGUUAGCGAGUGCAACAAGUGCAACGAUAGCGCCCAGUGGGACGACGAUAGUAGCAACCACAUCGAGUACAUCGAUAGCCGCAGCCGCAGCCACCAGCUCGAGCAGCAGUGCGAGCAGCCUAACGGGAGCAGCUGGCAUUGGGGGCUAUGCGAAAAUAGAGGCAAGCAAAACGAGCAGCAGCAGCAGCAGCAAGCAUGGCAACAGCAGCAGCAGCAGCAAGGACAGCAGCAAUGCUGCCUCAAGUGGAGCAGCUGCCACCAGCAGUGCACCCAGCUUGUAUGUUUCGGUGCCGUUGUCCACGGCAAAUGUACCUGGCAUCAAUUUGCCCAACAGCAGCAGCAGCAGCAGCAGCAGUGUCAGUGAAACACACACAUCCGCACAACACAAUCAGCCACAAGUUGCCGCACAGUCACCUCUCAGCACAUAUGCCACAGCAACAGCAGCUGCAAGCGGCAACAGCAGCGCGGGCUCAGGAGGCUCUGGCUCCGUUAUACAAAGCCAGAGCGGCAAGUCAUCGCCCUCGCUGGGCGCUCUGGUGAGCAGCAGCGCCGGAACGGGCAACCUGACGGCCACGACAACGGAGAGCGGCAAUUUGAAGAUCAGCUUUGAGAAGCAAACGACCCGGGUGCAGCAGCUGCAGGAGCAGGAAGCAUCGCCGGCGCGCCGCAGCAGAUCGCGGUCUGGUGAGAGUGGUAGCCAUCAUCACCACCAUCACCAGAAUCAGCAAACUCACCAAACCCACCACAGUCACAACCAAACACCGCAGCAACAGCCAACGCAAACGUCGCAGCAGCAGCAGCAACAUCAACACCAGCUGCCACAGCAGCAAUCGCAAUCGCUGCACUCCACCGCAUCCUCCUCCACGUCCAACUCAACACUGACCACGCCCACCAAGUCACAGUCGCGUUCGGGCAAGAAGCGCGCUGCUGCGCUAAGCAAGACCGAGACAGCUGCAGCCACAACAACAACAGCAGCAGCAACAACGGCAACUACAACAACUGCAGCUGCAGCUGCAGCUGCAACAACAACAGUCGAGAAGCUGGCACGAAAUAGCAGCAGCAGUCGCCAUAGUUCGCCACACUGCCGUGCCACGCCCACGCCGCCCCCCGCGCAAACUUUAGCGACAGCGAUCGCAUCGCCAGUAGUCAUGUUGCAGGCCCUAUCCUCCUCAUCCAUUGACUCGCCGCCGACUGUGGCAACAACGCGCAAUACACGCAACAACAACAAUAGCAACAGCAAUAGUCAUGUGUCUGCCACCGAGCAUGCCGGCAGCUCAACAUCCUCCUCAUGCUCGUCCACUUCCUCCAUGUCCUCGGCCAGUGGCAAUGCUGUGGUCAGUCUGUUAGACUCGCCCGUCAACAUGUCCACACAGUCGCAGCAACAUGUUGCCUGUUACAAUAGAAGCGGCAAUAGCAACAAUGUUGCCAGCAACAGUGCUGCCAAGCCGUUGAAUAAGAAAAUGUUGCGCGCACAGCAAACGCAGCUGUAUCAGCAACAACAACAGCAACAACAGCAACAGCAGCAACAUGUUAAUCUUAGCAAUGCACCAACCGCUAACGCCCCCUCACCCACAAACCUUAGCUCAGUCAGUAGUCAAUUUGCGCACUUGCAACAGCAGCAACAGCAGCAACAGCAACAACAGCAUCAGCAGCAACAGCUUAAGCAACAUCAAGAUUUAGAAAUUUUGCAAUUUACUAAUAUAAAUACAAAUGCUUCUUCCAUGACAACAACAUCAAUCACAACAACCACAACAACAACGACAAACAAUAACACGAAAUCAACAACGAAAUGCAACAACAGAACACCUGAUCUCAACACGACAACGAGCACCAGCACCAGCAGCAGCACCUCGACAACCAGCAGCAGCAGCAGCAGCACCUCGACAACAACCACCACCAGCAGCCUCUUGAGCAUAAAUCUGGGCAGCAGCAGCAACAACAACAACAACAGCAGCGGCGGCCUCAAGUUCACGUACGAGGCGCAAACGUUAAGCACGCAGCUGGAUGUGCCCAUGUUGCCGGUGAGCGCCAUCAAGGACUCGCCGCCCAGUUCGCCCGGCUCAGAAAUUGGCAGCGCUUUGCAUACGGCUGUCGCGUCGGCAAUCAAUGCUGCUGCUGCUGCUGCGCCCGUUGCUGCCGGCAAUGUGCGCAAGCGCGGACGCAAGGCCAAGGAUGCCACAUUGGUUGCGGCUGCAGCGGCAGCGGCCACAGCAGCCGUGGCUACCACUCAACAGGAUCUCAAGGAUGUGCGCAUACUGCAAAAUGGCAUUGGCGUCGCCAGCGCGCCGGUCAAUACGCCCACGCCGCCAGCCACGCCCGCCACGAGCAUGACGAGCGCCGGCGUCUCUAGCGUCGCGGGCAGCAGCUCGAUCAUAGCGCACACGGCCACCCAUAUGCUGGGCAACCAUGUGAAUCCCAACAGCAGCGUGGCCCAGAAGCUAUCGGAGCAGCUGCACAUGGAGGUGCAGGAUCAUGCCAUUUACACGCCCGACUCCAUGAGCUCACAGUUUUCGGGCGUGCCGUUUCCUGGCAAGCAGCGCAAUGCCAGCGCAACGUCCUCGAGCUGUGCAACGCCAGCGCCAAAUCCGCUGCAAUCGAUGUUCGGCGGCGGCGGCAUUAAUGGCAAUAUGCCCAUACCGCAGAGUCUGGAACAGUUACUGGAGCGCCAGUGGGAGCAGGGCUCACAGUUUCUCAUGGAACAGGCCCAGCAUUUCGACAUUGCCUCGUUGCUUAACUGUCUGCAUCAGCUGCAGAGCGAGAACUUGCGGCUGGAGGAGCAUGUGACCAGUCUGAUAGCGCGUCGCGAUCAUUUGCUGGCCGUGAAUGCCCGCCUACAGAUUCCGCUCAACAAUGCGAUCAACAAUGCCAAAGCCGAGGCGCAUGGUAAGUAGAUGCCACUGCAUCCACUCUCAGUCAGUUCUUGGUGUCGGCACAUGCAUUUGCUGUCCACAAAUCCCACACCCAUACACUCACACAAACACAAAUAGAUGGAGGCGCCAUUCACUCAGCUACAAACUGAAUUUAUGUAAAUGUACAGAUAUGUAAUACAACAUUAACAGUCGAUGUUAUGCUUGUAACGAGCAGCUUGACGUUGCCAGACUACGCAUUAAUGCUAUGGCUGGCAUUCUCGUAUAAUAUCGCAUUAUUAAUGUUAAUUUAAAUUUAAGUGGGUACAAGUGAUUCAUGUACAUACACACACACACACAUAACAAAGCACAUCAUUAACAAUAAUAAUAUUGGAUGGUACAAAACAAAUGGCAUAAUUGUUAAAUUGUACAAAACAUAUUUACACUUUCAAUCAGUUUAAUAUCAAUCACAUACGUACUUAAAGCCAAAGCUUUAAGCUUCAAUUAGGUAAAUACAACAUUUAAGAUUAAUUUUUUGAUUAAUAUAACAAACAGAAACAAGUA